UGGCAAUGGCCAAGAAAUUACAUAAGAAGAUUUUAUAAGAUUUUAUACACAGAUAGUGAAAAGUUAAAGAUAAUUAUGAUAAAAAUUAUAUAUAGGUUUAGUACAUAAUAAAUAAACUAUUACACUAUUCUUGAACUCAAUGCAACAUGCACCUAGAAACAGAUCAAACAAAACUAUCUAAAACUAGCCAAAAUCUAUCAUCCUGAUAUUUAUAAGGGAAAUGAUACCAAUAGGUUAGAUUUUAAAUAUCAUUUUAGAUUCAAACUCAUUUAGGAAGCGUAUAAUACACUUAAGACUCCAGAGAAAAGACAAUCAUAUGAUCAAACUAUAUUUAAGGAGAGAGCAUUUGCAAAUUAAGAGAGGCCUUAAAGUAGUGAAUCCGAAGAAACUACAUAGAAUAAUGAAUAUACAGCCAAACAAACAAAAGAUGGAAUUAAUUUCACAUUCACAAAAAAGGAAUAUAAGGAUGCAACUGAGGAAAAGACUGUGGAAGAGGAGUUUAGGAAAUUCAUGUAGGAACCUCUAAAAAUAAAUCCAGAAGAAGUUAAAGUUUAUGAAAAUGUUGUUGCUAGACAAAUGACAAAGGAACAUAAGGCUUAAGAUGAAUUUAUUAUUGCUAAAGAAAAUAAAUGGAAAAUCUUCUUUUUUUAAGCACAUUAGAUUGGAUAUGCUUAAUAAGUUAAGGAAUAUAUUAAAGGUAUAAAUUAAUAGUGGUAAUAAAAAAAGAAUGAUACUGAAGAGAUGAGAUAAUUGAAAAAACAAAUGUAAAAGCGUAUUGCUAAUGUAAUAUUAUUUAUAUCAUUAAUUUUAGACUAUUUUCUUCAUUUUUAUUGGGUUAUCAUUACCAUUCUUUUACUCAGCUUUAGCAAGAAGACAAGAAAUUGAUAAAGAUUUUAAAGAAGAUUUAGAUUUUCUUUAUAAAGUAGCAGAUCAAAUGGAUUAUUUGGAAAUAUCAACAAGGUUUGUCUAUUGAG